ACGGAGCUCGAGCAGCCAGCGACGACAACCCACGCGCACACCAACCAACAAGCCACACCGGCCCACAGGCCACAGCUCACCAGCUAGGCUAGCAACCACCUCGAUCGCAGAGGCAGAGGCCGCCGGAAGCUCAGCCGUGAAUUCGGCAGGAAGGAAAGGAAAAAGUCUUGGGUGGUUUCAACAAGAGAUAGAAGAUGGAGAAGGCAGGGCAGCACGAGCAUGUGAUCGGCAUCCCCGUGAACAACAGGGCGUUCGGUAUCGAGGAGCCAGAUUUCCCCAGCAAUGGCCCCGCCAAGAACGCAGCCGCCGGCGCCGGGGGACGGCGCCGGGUGACCGGGGACAGGGUCGCCCAAGGCCUGAAAGAGCACGUGACGCUGGGCCCGAAGCUGUACGAGACCGUGAAGGGCAAGCUGUCGCUGGGGGCGAGGAUCCUGCGGGCGGGCGGCGUGGGGAAGGUGUUCCGGCGCUGGUUCUCCUCCCCCGUCGGCGGGGGCGGCGAGCGGCUGCUCAGGGCGUCGCAGUGCUACCUGUCGACCACGGCCGGCCCGAUCGCCGGCAUGCUGUUCGUGUCCACCGAGAGGGUCGCGUUCCGGAGCGACCGCUCGCUGGCGCUGCCGCUGACGUCUCCGGCCGGCGGCGGCAGCGGCAGCGGCACGACGACGGUGCUGCGGGUGCCGUACAAGGUGUCCAUCCCGCUGCGCAGGGUCGCGGCGGCCAGGCCGGGCCAGAACAGGGACCGGCCGGAGCACAAGUACGUGCAGGUCGUCACGCGCGACGGCUUCGACUUCUGGUUCAUGGGCUUCGUCAGGUACCAGGCGUCCCUGCAGGAGCUGGAGAAGGCCGUCGCGCAGUCGCAGUCGCAAUGACCUCAGGCGAUCCGCCGGCCGGCCCGGCGAUUGUUGUGCUCCUGUGUGGUCUGCUUCAUCUGUGUGCAUAUGUAGUAGGGUUUCGGUUUUCUUGAUGAUGGAUUAUUGCUUGGCGUUUUUGGCAUUGGAGCAAGUCCGGUAUACAUUAUACAGGAGGAAAAAAUGGGAUAUUAGAUUGAUUGCGUAAUCGGUGAUGCUGAGUAAAUCUUCUACGGCGCCAGCGUAAAAGUGUCUCGGAUGAGGUUUACAUGUAACAUGUGUCAUGAAAACCACAAAUGCUUGUGCGACGAACUAGAUUGUGUGAACUGAACUCUGUUCCCAUCUUUUACAUCGAGGCAACCGCGCGUACUGAUGAAUGCUAUACUAUUUCUUAUU